GUUCGCUACUUUGUAAGGAGGACCUGAACUAGACAGCGUCGGGGAAGGGUUGUCGUCAAGCGGUCCUCAGUACAACGUCUCAUUGCAGUGGAAAAUGAUGUGGCGAGGAGUGAUUUUUUUGUUUAUUUGCACGGCGGAUGGGCAAAUUCUUCCUACAGGCAACUGUGGCCCUCGGAGUGACUGCGGCGAGUACCUCAGCCUCGUUCGACGGAAGAGUGACCCUUCGUUAAAAUCCUUCUUUGACACGUUCUUGGGCAAAGAGAUGUUGGAAUUCACUACCAGAUGCUGCAAAUCACCUAUUAUCCCAUCUGAGCAAGAAUGUGGCUUCCCCGAACCUUCAGGGCCUUUGAAUGAUAUCCAGAGGCGUGGCGCAUGGCCGUGGUUUGCGUCCCUUAGCGAAUACCCUGGCAAGAACUUUCGGCCGGCGUCCGGGGGAACACUCAUCACGCGACGCCACAUUCUCACCACUGCCCACACUUUACUUGGACUCAUUGACCCACAACCGAAAUACGCUCGUCUUGGAGAAUACGACGUGAGUGAUGAGAACGAAACGGCUUACGUGGAACUGGCGAUUGUAAGGUUCAAGGAAGCCGGGUAUAAUGCUGAUACAAGUAGAGACGUUGGUAUCAUCACCUUGGAAAGAGACGUCGUGUUUAAUGAUUUCAUACGGCCAGCCUGCCUUCCUUUCAACUACGAAGAUGAGGACUUUGUAAACCAACAUCUCGCCGUCGUUGGUUAUGGCCGCACUUCGGAUGGCCGCUUAUCGAACGUGCCUGUAGCUGCAGUGGUUCCGGUGGUUGACUUGGCUACAUGCAAACGAAAGUAUAGAAACUCUCUGCAAAUCACAGACUCUGUCAUAUGUGCAGGAGGUUACAAUGACGCAUGCGCGGGUGACAGCGGGGGGCCACUCAACUUCUUCGACGUAAACACCAAGAGAUUCUACGUAGUUGGCCUCGUGGCAUUCGGAGCGCUUGACUGUGGCCAGACUGAUAUACCAGGCGGUUACACUCGCGUUGGAGCCUUCCUCGAUUGGAUUAAUGAUACUAUCAUCAGUGAUACUGCUUGAACUAAAAGGGGAUCUGUAGCCGUGAUGUGUUUUUAUUUUUUGAUCGCCUGAACACCAUAUUUUUAACAAUGGAUGCAUGCUAUUCUCUUUUGGUGAUAUGGGAGUUUGUGAUCUAUCGAUAUAAAUUGUUAGAAUCUUGCAUGAUGUGGUCAAUCACUAAAAAUGUUUUCUUACUGAUCGUAAAUGUUUCAGCUUGCUACUCAGAGAAAUUACCCUACAGCAUACAGUUACUGAAAAGACUAAAUUACUCAUUCGUUUAGAUGCAGUUUCAUAUUAAAUAAAUGUAUCUCAAUUAAACAAGAAUAAAAAGUAAAACAAAAGAUAAGUAAUUUACGAGAACUGGCCGGGGAUUUGGGGUCAAACUGCCUAUUUUAGUUAAUUUAAAUUAUAUGUAUUGAUAGAU